GCAGAGCGAGAGAGAGAGGGCGAGCGAGUCCCAUAGAGUCAGAGUGGGAACUCCCUCAGAGAGAGAGAGAGGAAGCUGUGACAUUGACACAUACACACUCACACACACUCACACACAUUCACACACAGCGGCGUCCAGCAGGUCAUACAUGUCGGUCAGAACAGGCUGUGACAUCACUGUGACAUCAUGAGUGGACACACUGACGGGCACGCAGAAGACAGGGCUCCUGUAGGGGCCUCGGACCCCCCAAACAUCCAGGACAUGGAGCUGAGGGAGGAGUGGCAGGACGACGGCUUCCCCAGACCUCUCCCAGAGGAUUGUGGGAGUCCAGAGGAGGCAGCGAGCCCAUCAGGAGGUGAGCAGCGACCAGCUCCGCCCACCAGCCUCGCCCUAUCAGGUACAGUUGGGGGUGGGGUUAAGAAGCGCCUGGUGGCCCCUUCUCUCAGCCUGACGCUGAGCGGCAGAGACCAGAGCAAUGAUGGUUUCUCUGCCGCCGCCCUGUCAGCGACGCCGGACGACACACCAUCACUGGACAUCAACCUGGAGGCGCUGGAGACGCCAUCAGACAGUGAGACAGGAACUCUGCCGGACAGCACGCAUGAGCUGGAGUGGGACGAUGACCUCCCCCGGAUGGGGAGGGACAGGACUGUGGGCGUGGUCAGAAACCCUGCGGAGCCAUCUGAGGGUCUAAUGGGAGUGGACCAGGUGGACAGCAGGGGGCGCCGCUGGAGGCGGUUCUGUAUCUCGGGACAGGAAUACCAGGUCAACAUGAGUGUCCUGGAGCCGUACCUGCAGGUCCUGUCACACGGAGGUUACUACGGAGACGGGAUGAAUGCCAUCAUCCUGUUCACUUCCUGUUACCUGCCGGAGAACACGGUGGAGGACUACGAGUACGUCAUGGACAACCUGUUCAGGUACAUUGUGGGGACUCUGGACCUGAUGGUCUCUGAGAACUACGUGCUGGUCUACCUGUGUGCCAUGGCUCCCAGAAACAAACUGCCGGCCAUCAAAUGGCUCCACCAGUGCUACACCUCCAUCGACAGGAGGCUGAAGAAGGACCUCAAGGGGCUGCUGGUGGUCCAUCCUGCCUGGUACAUCAAGGCUCUCAUCACUGUGGUCAAACCUUUCAUCAGUGAGAAGUUCAGCAGGAAGAUUCGGUUUGUCCAGAGUCUCCAUCAGCUCUCUGAGUUCAUCCCCACAGACAGACUGCAGAUCCCAGACACCAUACGCCAGUUCGACGAGAAGCUGAACAGAUGACGAUGACGGACUCUGACGUCGACAAACUGGAUGGAUCCUAAAGGUCAAAGAUCAGCAGCCUCUCAGCCUGCUGACCUCUGACCUACUGCCUGUACAGAAGACACACAGAGACUCUGGGUUUAUUUAUUCUGUCUUUGAACUGGGGGGGUAAGUUAAACUGUCUGUGGCUCUUAACUGUAAAACUCAGGUUCAAGUGUAAACACAACCAGCUGAUUCACACCUGCUGGAAGUAUUACAGGUGUGACUCAGGUGUGACCCUGUGAGUGUAUAAAAGUGGACUGACUGUAUUUUCCUUUCAUCUUCACCUCUGUGUUUGUUGGAGGUUUUUCUGUUUCAGCAUCAGCAGUGAACAGCUGUUUCACCUGCUCCAUCAUCCUCCUGUAAUAAAAGCAU